GACAGAAACAACCUCAUAAAUCAUCCUCGUCUUCUGUAUAAAUUCUUCAACUACUACUUCCUCUCCAACUCACUAGCCAAGUUCCUCACCAAACAAACCAUCUCUCUCUCAAGCUGAACAUAAUGCAAGGAGGUCAAAUGGUGAUCGAAGAACCAGUUCGACUCGCUUCAGUUCUUACAUCUACUAUACCUAGCUACAUCCCAUCACUAACCAAAAUAGUUGGAACCCUUGGACCAAAGUCACGCUCUGUUGAGGUGAUUGAAGCAUGCCUAGAAGCAGGAAUGUCAGUUGCACGGUUCGAUUUCUCUGGGUUGAGUGCAGAGUACCACCAGGAAACUCUUGAUAAUUUGAGGAAAGCUGUGAAGAAUGUUAAAAGGCUAUGUGCUGUUAUGCUAGAUACUGCAGGGCCAGAGCUUCAAGUUUGCAAUACGACUGGUAAUCCAAUUGAGCUGAAGGCUGAAGAUCAUGUUACUAUUACUGCAGAUGUUUCUAAGGAACCAUCAGCUAAGGUCUUAACUGUCAAUUAUGCUGGACUUGCUGAGGAUGUUAAAAGGGGUGACACUAUCUUUCUCGGGCAAUAUCUUUUCACAGGAAGUGAAACAACCUCUGUGUGGCUUGAGGUAGUGGAGACAAAGGGUUCAGAUGUCAUUUGUUUGGUGAAGAAUAGUGCUACUCUUGCAGGAUUUAUUUUUACCAUGCAUGUCUCCCAAGUCCAUAUCAAAUUACCUACUUUGACUGAAAUCGAUAAACAAGUGAUAUCUACAUGGGGUUCUCGUAACAAUGUUGAUUUCAUUUCCCUUUCAUAUACCCGCCAUGUAGAAGAUGUGCGAGAGCUCAAAGCUUUUCUUCAAGCACAGAAUCUUAAUGAGACUCUAAUCUUUGCCAAAAUUGAAAAUGUGGAGGGUCUGAAGCAUUUUGAUGACAUCCUCCAAGAAGCAGAUGGUAUCAUACUUUCUCGUGGGAAUUUAGGAAUAGACCUACCACCAGAAAAGGUCUUCUUAUUUCAGAAGUCCGCUGUUUACAGGUGCAACAUGGCUGGAAAGCCUGCCAUAAUUACUAGAGUGGUGGACAGUAUGGUUGACAAUCUACGGCCAACUCGUGCAGAAGCAACUGAUGUUGCAAAUGCUGUCCUCGAUGGAACGGAUGGUAUUUUAUUAGGUGCAGAGACACUUCGAGGCCUUUAUCCUGUUGACUCAAUAAGAACUGUUGGGAGAAUUUGUGCCGAAGCUGAAAGCGUCUACAACCAGGAUCUUCAGUACAGGAGAAUAAUCAAACAUGUUGGCGAGCCAAUGUCACAUGCAGAAUCUGUUGCUUCAUCUGCGGUGCGUGCUGCAAGUAAAGUAAAGGCAGCAGUAAUUGUUGUGUUUACAUCAUCUGGGAGAGCAGCAAGGUUGGUUGCCAAAUAUAGGCCUUCUGUGCCCGUUUUUGCUAUAGUAAUACCACGUCUUAAGACAAAUUCAUUGAAGUGGAGUUUCUCUGGAACCUUACAGGCUAGGCAGAGCCUUGCUGUGAGAGGGGUGUAUCCUAUUUUGGCCAGUCCUAACAUGGUUGCUUCAGGUUUCUCCAGUGAACAGUCUGGGUUGAAACUUGCCUUCGAGCAUGGUAAAUCGGUGGGAUUGCUGAAGCCCAAUGAUCGGGUUGUUGUCUUCCAGAAGAUUGGGGACUCAUCUGUUGUCAAGAUUGUUGAGCUUCAAGAUUACCUAUGAAAAGGCACCUAUCAUUUAAUUUUUCUUAAUCCAACAUUUCGGGUAGGACGUACCCUAUUUCCAAUACUAGGGAUUACAACACCAACAUUGCUAUUACAUUAAUUCUGCUAUAAUGUUUUCUUCUUCAUGUUAAUUUAAUUAAUCCUAUCCAGCUUUCCACUGAAA